AUGAAGCUUUUUAGCAUUCUGCUGCUCAUCGCUCCAGUAUGUGUCUCUCUGCGUUUCCCGCAGAGUGAUCGCGUCGAGCCACGCCUUCCCUUUGAGCACCGAGAGCUCAAUCUCACCUCUUUGAACAAAUCCGUCGCUGGAUUCGACCGCACUCUCGCCCGGCGAACCUUCCCUGAAGAAGGCGGAUAUGAGGAGUUGGUCGAGAAAGGGUGCACGCUGAUGGGUAUGAUGCUCACAAAGGAUGAGGUUGCCGCCAACUUCAUGAGGCCGGCACACUCGCGCACAACCGCGGAGAGCACCUGGACGAAUUGGCAGUCCCUGAAUGACUGGGGAUGGGAUCUCACUCCGCCAGCGAUACAUAAACUCAGGACAAUUACGAUGAAUCCGGUUUUGGAUCCAGUAAUGCAGGAUCUCGGCCUCCCACCGCUGAACGUGCCAAGCGAUGGCGGAUUUGCAGAAGCUAGAGAAUGGUAUCACGACCAUGCCACAACCCACGACGGCAUUCUAUACAAGCCCACAACCGCCCAUACGGAAAUGUAUAUAGAUGUGACGCACGGCCUGGUCGUCGCCACUGAAACUUUUGGGCCGACCUACAUGGGUGACCAAUUGGACCCAAAGGUUACCGUAGUGACAAAGCUCAAGAAUCUAUACGACCUCUUGUAUCUCGACUAUGCAUACUUGGCUGCACAGAAAAACGAGCCAGUGAGCAAUUUGAAGUACAUGUUCAUUUGGGAUAUCCAAAACGAGCAGACCCAGAUGGCGGUCUACGAGUCUAUUGGCGAGAGGCUUACUUACGCGAGUUGCCACAAGUACCUAUGGCCGAAUAGGAAGGUAUUCUAUCCCCAUGAUGAUGCCUACAAAGCUAUCCUCGCCAGUCCAAACGGUCGCAGCACGGCGCUCAUACUCGCUACGCACAAGAGUGUUUUCGGCGAGAGGAGGAUGAUCGAGAGCGUUACCGUUUUCUGUCAACAGCCUGGGCAUGGAUUUUUCAAUUUGCUGUUCAUCAAAAAGGACCAUGACGAGGAGGAGGACGAUAGCGAUUGGACUGAUGAUGAAGAGCCGGAAGAUCCUGGACAGCCUACGUUUUCGGUCUCGCCCUGGCCGAGCCCGACAGCAGCGUCGCCUUGA